CUCCAGAGAGGGGGAAUGCUUGAGCAGCAAUUGGAACGAUGGAAUUCAAACUGGGAGAGUCACCCCUGCAUCCUAAGAUGUAGCUCUUGGCCAUUUGUUGUCUGAGUGAAGUUUUGCUGCCCCAGUAACCAGCAGCACUUUUUCACAGCUAUUUAUACCUUGUUCAUGGUGAGGAUGGGGGGCUUGUCCAUAUUCCUUUGAAUAUUUUUUCCCCUUUCGCUCACUUCUUUGAUAUUCCUGACUGAUGGUAUCCAAGAAUCUGUUAAUAAAGACUGAAUAUUCUGUACUUCAGAAGAUGCGUUCCAAACUUUUAAUAGCUUCUUGAAGAUAACAUCUGCUAUUGCUUUAUUUGAAGCCGGUCAGAAUGAAGAAUUGGUUCAGCUCAGUGUAAUACCACUAGAGGGAGCUUAGGUACAGAUGAUACGAAAAAGUAAACUACAGAAUACAGCAGAAAUGAUUGUCAUUUUGAACUAAGAGCGAGAACUAUUCUUACUUAUGUAUGCAGCCUUGCGGUCAGUGAUUAAGUUCUGUGGGCAGUAGCUUGUAUGCUGUUGCUUUUGUUUGUUCUUACCAACUCUCUGCUCUGAUCUCCAGAAAAUUAGGAUGGUUUGUGGCAGGGAUGCUGAGAUGGUAGAGCUGUAUUUGCACGCUAUUUCCUUAGAAACAAUUCUAGCAGCCUAGCUGUAGGAUCACUGAAAUAAUAUCAUGCAGUUUUUCUCUCUCCCUCGCCACCACAGGCAACUGCAUUGACUUCUGAAGGUGGUCAUCAAGUUAUCUUUCAAACUGCUGUAUGCAUUACCCAAAUUUCAUUCAAGUGUGUUGGCUAUAGCUCUAUUCCUGCUGCGCCAGCAGGGAACUUGAUCUGCUAGGAGUUUCUGGGCAAGGAGAACAUUGUUGAGUAGCGGAGAGAGAAGCUGUGCAGGCGAAAAGCAGGCUGCACUGAGGUGUGCAGCACACUGCAGUGUGCCACCUGCGCUGGGGCAGAGCAGUGUAGCUCAGCACUGCAAGGGAAGGAAACAGUGCAAAGGAAACACUGCUGCAAAACUGUGAGGGAAAUGGGGAUGUGUGUGGCGUGGCUGCAGAGCCAGCGCAUGGGAAGUUGCUCGUUCGUGUCUCAGGGAACGUGGUAAUGGUGUUUGAUACUGAACAAAGCAUUUAAUGGCCUAGAUGAAAGCCUUCUGGUCGUUUAAUUGGAAGUGCCUUGCUGUUUUACACAGACCUACUGCCCUAUUUUGAUGAGACUUAAAAUUGUGCAGAAAAAUUGUUUCCAUGGAAGCAGAGAUCACAAAAGAAAUAACACUCCGUGUUUCCUGCAGGAUUCCUUUUACAGCCUGCUGUUCCCAGCAAUUAACUCUUGUAGUGCUGUUACAGUUUAGCAUGGGUUCAAGGAGGUAACAGAAAAUAAUACCUUGAGGGACUGUGUAUAUAUAGUUGACUUUUUUUCCUUUCCUGCCUUUGAAAGAAAUCUGUUCUCUGCAUGUUUACAGAGGGAAAAUCUACAGUGGGGAAAAAAAGUUAAUGGAGGAGUACACGCUACUUUGGCAAAUUAUGGAACUCGGUCAGGGAAACUUGAAGUUAUUCCUGCUUUCCCCUUUUCUUGCCUCAGUUUUACAUUUUUUUUUUUUUUUGGUGACUAAAAGCACUGCUGUGUACUCUGAACCAGCUUUGAUGGAAGCAGCAAUUAAUGGAGUUUUUAAUUAAGGUAACAGUAGUGAGAAUCAUCACCAGCAGGGAAGUCAGACCAUCUGUUUUAAUUGCCUGUCAUUUUUCUUCCAUACAUUACUUCUGAAAAACCACUGCGUUAUUCUGUUUCACUGUGUCUGUAAGGAAGGAGAAACUACCAAAUGGUGAUGGGAGGCUCAGACCAAGGCUGAGCAUCGCAUGAGGAAAGUGCUGUCACCUAAAAACCUUGGCUCAAUAAAGUGCUUUCAGAGCACAAGGGCGGCUCAGCUCUCAGCCAUACAGCAAUUGCUGUAGUUUCUUUGGAAUCUGGUUAUGAGCUGUAACAUUUUAUAGCUGGUGAGGGUCCUCAGUGAGACAUCUCAGAGGGCAAAAACAAAGGCUGCUCUCUGAAGUGCAUAACGUCAAAUAAAGACGUAGCAUGAGGACGUAGCUGACAGUUAAAUAGAUUUUGACUUUGAAGGAAGGAUAUGGAUUUUAUGUAUUUCUAAGAUAGGGAAAUUAAUUACUUGGAAAUAAAAAUGACAUGAGAGUUGGGAUGUAGUACAUUUGUAAAAAAAACAAACAAAAAAACCCUCAAAGUGGGAAACUGAAUUACUUGGUGAUUUCAUAAAAAAUGUAUCAGUAGUUCACAAUGACUUCCUACAGCUCUUCAAUGCUGAUAUUUUAAUCCUAGAGGAGGGGAAGUGAAGAGGUGCAGUAAUGAGCUAUAGGUCUGAAGAGGAGCCAGGAAUGAUUUGAAGAACUUGCCUCAUCUUUGCUGCCCUAAGUAGUGUGAAUUUCUAUGGCUGAUUUAGAAACAGGAGGAGGUCUAUGGACAGAUUAUGGAGUGAGAGAGAGUGUUUACAUCUGCAGCUUCAAUUCUAAACCUACACCAUGUCAUUAAUGCUCAUCGGUAGCCAGGGUAGCUUCCUACUGUUCACAUACACACAAGUCAUCAUUACAGGCAGCCCUGCUCGUGGUGAUUUAAAGCAGGUCAGGCCCUCAGGAAAACAGAACAGGCCAAAAGAAUUGUCUGCAAGGCAGCACAGAAGUUGUGCAGAUGGGAGAAUGGUGCUGUUCAAAAUAAUGAUUUAUAACGGGUCUGACACCAUUUGACAAACAGAUAGAUGACUUAAUGCUAACUGGAAAUUGUGGUUCAUGCUUUGUAAAUCAUCAUUAAGACACUUGGGAGCCACUGGAGUGUAGUGUGAUAGGCAUUACUCAAAGUUCAGACUGAAAAAUUUCUUCAGAAACCACUAACAACUUUGUAAGGGUAAUGAAAGUUAGGAAAUUAGCAUUCCUAAUACUGCUUUGGGAUGAGUAGGAAAAGGGAAGCUUUCUGUAGUGGAAGCUGAGAUGGCUCUCCUAUGCUAAGUAAAAGUUCAUCAAACUGAUGAAUUGUCUUUCUACCUGAGUUGGCAGCUGCUUCGGGGUUCUGUUGGAUCAUACAUAAAAUAAAACCCUCUGCAGUUUUAUAAGGAUGUGAAAGUGGCAUCUGGACAGUGGAUGAUACAGAAGUUACGUAAGAGGUAGGAAAAAUCACAAUGAACAUAGAGGAGUAGGAUUGCCUCGGAUGAGUGGGACUUCCUCCAAAAGAAAUGGGGGAAGUUCCUUACAGAUGCAUUUGUCUGUGGGCUCCAUAAAAAUCCUGACAAGAGAAGAAGGUGAGGUGAAGCCUUGUGCUCUAAUCUAUAAGCUCAAUGCAGGAGCUAUGCUUUGGGUCUGCUUUUGCCUCCUCUGUGUUGCUCCCUCACCACGAGGGAUGUCAGGCAUCUGGGCAAUCAGUGCUGCCCACUUAGAAAUAAUAGAUGAAAGCGCAGCUCCUCUGGCAUCUGGGCAUGAGAGACCAGUUGUUUUAGAAGAACUUGUUUGUCAGGUCUGAUUGUACUUUGAAGAAAGGAGCCGCACAACAGCGUGUAGAAACAAGCAGAGUCCCCUAGCAGAUAUAAGCUCCAGACAACGCUUGCUGCCACUUCCAGCUGUACCCACACGUUGUGCCUGCACUAUGGAGCCUCUGCUUGGGGUUACGCUGGGUUUGAUUCUGAUGGUAGCUUCAUCAGCACGGAGCUGUAACUGCGUGACCAAUAAGUGGACAGUAUGCGACCAGGAUGCAUCUGGCAACUGCACCUGCAGGCUGGUAGGUUCAGAUCAUGCAGUAGAUUGUUCGACGCUGACUUCAAAAUGCUUGCUGAUGAAGGCAGAAAUGUCUGUCCUGAAGCUCUCCUACAGACCUCGGGUUAAGCUGCUGGAUGGUGGCAUUUACGAUCCAGACUGCGAGGACAGCGGUAUCUUCAAAGCCAGACAGUGUGACGAAGCUGGAACUUGCUGGUGCGUGAACACAGCUGGAAUAAGAAGAACUAGAAAAGGUGACAAAAAUUUGAUAUGCAAUGAACUGAUAAGAACAAACUGGGUCGACAUCGAACUGAAGCACAAAGAAACAUCCCAUUACUUCGAAGCUCUUGAUGUAGCAGAAGCCCUGACACGUCUGUUUGAGAGCCGGUACAAACUGCGACCCAAAUACAUCGCAGCUGUGAAGUACGAUUCCCCAUUUAUCCAAAUCCACCUAAAACAGAAUAACUUGAAGCAGCGGGACGUAGAUAUAGUUGAUGUAGCCUAUUACUUGGAAAAAGACAUAACAGGGGACUCUGUGUUUCAUUCUGACAGCACGUUUCUUGUCUCUGUUAAUGGGAAAGAUCUGGCUAUUGAAAAUAUACGCAUUUACUACGUUGAUGAAAAGCCACCAGUGUUUAGCAUGAAGCAACUGCUUGUUGAUAUCAGUGCUGUGGUGGCAGUGGCAAUACUGCCUGCUGGUUUCGUCACUAUUUUGGUGAUUGUUCUGUGCCAGAGGAGAAAAUACAGAAAAAUUAAGAUCGAAAAGAUGAGUGAAACAGAAGGACAAAUUCUAGAGCUCUAAUCUGACAGAAAAAAUCUGCAACUUCAGCAACCAGGCAGAGGUGGGAAGGGCAAAAUAAGAAGAAUGAACAGACUCUGUGUAAUGUGGGUGGAUUUUGAGUUGUCUCCCGUUUUAUAGGAAUUGACAAAGCACUCAUUUUGAAUUAUUCUACUACAAAAACAACUUUUCCUUGGGGAUAAAUUAAUCUAGGAGUUGGUAACUGAAAUCUGGGACCAAAAGUCUCAGUUCGGAAGCUACACAAAGUGUAACUGAUAUUUUGUGCCAAUAUAGCAUACGUGCACUUGUACUGCAGACUUCAUUCGCUUGCUUAAUAUUUAAGCCAAGGUUCCUCAUGUGUUUGCUUAGAGCAAAAUAAUAACAGCAAUAAAAAUGUUUUAAAAGUCUUCAAAGUUGCUGGAACUUCUUUUUGUCAACGAUUAAUUUUGUCGGUGUCUCUAAUCAAAUAAAUUGGGAUAAAAUACCUCUAUUGCUGAUGGCUUUGAUGCAGUCAAGUGUUAGCAGGCAGCACUGUGGUCACUUCCAUUUGUGCAGGGCCUCAGUUCUUUGUAUUCAGGUGGAACUCAGCUUUCCCAGCUCCCGGUCUGGCAUUCAGUCAGCAAUGAUCCCUUGAUCCCACUGUAAGUUAACCUUGUUUUUCUUUCCAAAUUCAGAUAGUAGCUUUCCAUCUACCUAAAUAUCCCUCGUAGUUGUGGCAGAGGAGAUAUUUUUUGGUUUUUAACAGUUUUACACAACUGCUACAUAAAGCUAAUAAAACACUUUAUUUAGUAGAGCUGCAAGGGGAAUUUCAGCAGUGUAAUUGCUGCAGAGUCCAAAACCACAACCCCAUCCCAAAUACAGGAAUCUGUCUGGGGAAUGACUGGCUACUGGGAAAAGAGUGAAGAUAGUUUGGUUCUGUUUCUGCCUGUUUAUCAUGGAAGAAGAAUGGACUUGGAUUUGGGAGCAGGGGGUGUUAUUUCUGACAGCAUACAGCAUCACUACUGAUUUCUCACCUACUGGAAAAACACCGGAUGGGCAGAUGCAUCACCUUUCCCCCAGAUCAGAUUUUUACAGCUACAUUAGCAACAUAAUGCAAAUGAAAUAAACCAAAUAAAGAUAACCAGUGUUAACGAGAGGCUGUGUGCUAUCAUUUAGCCGCAUUAUGUAACAGAGGGAGUGAUCACUUUAACUAUGCAGAGCUAUCUGUUGCCUAAAUUACAUUGUGCAGUUCUGACUGGGGAAAGUCUGCCUUGGUUUGAAAACUGAAAACAGCUCCCACAGAAAGAACCCCUGGCUCUAAGCUACAGCUCAGGAGAGGCUAAUGCUGCCCUCUGCAUACAGCGCUGUCUUAGUUCAACUGACUGAAGUGGGCUUUAGUCUUUCCUUUUAGCUUUUAGUUUAAAAAACAAAUAGACUUUUUUUUUUUAGCCGCCGGAAAGUGCCAGUUGCAAUCCAGCAUUAGAGCAAGGAAAUGAAAGAUAAGGAUUCACAGAGGGAUUAAAAGCCUCCUCAACUCUGCUCCCUCUGCCGCCCUGGUGAAAACCAUGCCUGCUUCCAUAUGCAAGUAUGUACUCAAAGGGUUGGCACAUCAUCCCUGCAUUAGUUUGCAAAUUAUUGGUGUGUCUGCAUUCUCUAGGUUCCCAUACCUGUAUUUAAAGAUGGUUGUGGCAGCAGAUCCUACACUUCAGCCAGCCUGAAGCCUGACCUAGCUCUUAUCAGUGCUAACGCAGUCCAAACCCGCUGCUGUUCUGGAUGACAAAGAAUCUCUCCUCGUCUCAUCUUUCCCCAGUUAGGACUGAUCUCUGUAGGGCUCUUUGCACUGGGACUACAGCAAGAUGAGGUUAACUCCUAUGCCAUACCCAUCCCUUCUUGUUUGGAUAAUAAAACAUUAGCGUGUCUGUGAUGGUGAGCACUGCAUGACAACAGGACACAGGAUCCCCCCAGUAGUCCUUAAAAUGUCCCUAAAAGUGUCAGGGAGUCACUUAGAAAUAAGAGCUGACACACUGAAAUCUCUUUUUCAGAGAAAAAAAAGUAACAAAUAGACCUUUCUUUCAUUUCUCUUGGCUGGAAUGAUUACUGCUAUUAAACAGACUGUCCUACUUGUGCAAGUAUUCAGGUAUAAUUACCCUUUCCAAACCAUCUCCAUUGAUUAGUUGGAGGGUUUAAGUACAGCAUCUGUCUUCUGUAUGCUAAAAUACAUCUUGAGUUAUUGCAAUUACUUUCAGAGCAGGAAAAAACAACUUUUGGCAUUUAUAUAACUAUUCACAGCAGCUCCCAACAGAAUUCUUUGUACUGGUUUUUAUCUGGUGAAGAUUUCACACACUUCAGGCAGCCUGACAAUAUUCACAUCUCAUUUUCAUGCCCAUCCCUUCUGCCUGAGGGAUAACACUCUCACAGUCCUACUCCAGCACAAAUCAAGUGCCACAGAAACAAUUAGGGAUAUUUCAUAUUAUCUAAGUGAAAUAAUGAGAAUAUAUUUAAUUUUCCACUGAGAUUUUUACAUAUGGGCACAACAAUACUGGUUUUGCUUGAAAUAAAUGGAUUCAUAAGGCCUGAGAACAGAAAUCUCUGCGUUUCUGCUAGCCUGAUUUUAUCCAAAAAAACAAAGUGGAACGACUGCAGAGUAAUGGAGGUGGCACUGCUGCAGUCACUGCACUGCACAGUGCAGAAAUGCUCAGCUCUCCCCACUCUUACCACACAUCUGUCGAAUUCUCUUUUUUUCCUGUCCUCAUGUGCUCUUUUCUGCUGUUAGAGAUACACCACCUUUACAACUGUCUCAAUUCUGCCGAAGGACUUAAGUGAAAUCUCCAGUACCAAAAGUUAAUGAGUGCUCCAUUUCUAAGUCUCUCUAAAUAAAUUUCCUGCUUUAGAGUAGAAAAAUUCUGUGGUGUUUGCUAUUUGAACUGGGAUAUUUUGUACACAGUUGCUUUAAAAACCAUUUCCAAAUUAAUUGCAAGAAUUAAAAAAAAAAAAAUUGAGGGAUAGAUUCUCAGAAUUUCUGCCAGUUUUGCAACUGCUAAGCGUUCAAUUCACACUUUAAAGUGCAAUGAUUGUCAGAUACACCCAGCUACCAGCAACAGGGAAUGCUGGAGAUCAUUUGCAUUAUAAAGACAUCUUAAACGGCUCAAAAAUCAGGAGCUCUUCAAAAGUAUUGGAUCCGGAUGUUUACAUUUGGUUCCUUAACUCUAAAUAUCUCGUCUGUAUUUAGGCUACUCUGAAAAACUACUGAGUGCACUUUGCCCUGGACUGACCAGAAGCCUGGGUCAGCAAGGCACUCAUUGUGUGACUCAGUACAAGUCUGAUGACAGCACUGCACGAUUCCCAAGAUGCUAGGACUCAAGAAAUGACACUAGCAAGCUGGGAAAUCCAAACCAAUUCACUGGUAGCAGGAGAUCCAAUAAUCAUUCGUGACUCUUACAGAGUCUUUUAUUAAAAUACAACAUUGCAAGCAAAUGAGAUCACUCUGCCUCUUCACGGAUGCUUUGGAAGGGACUAUACUGAAUUUUACAACAACUUCUAUAGUCCUGCAGUAGUUUUCCAUUCCGUUGAGUAACUUCAUCUUCUAGAUCGUAAUUUUACUUUUUUUAAACUAUACUGUAACACAUAAACAGCAGAAAUAAUGAUUACUUAUUAACAAAUAGAUACAUAUCUACUAGCAUCCACGUUCAGGUAUGUCAGUGGGACAAUGACAGGUUAGCUAAUAUGAUAUGUACACAACACAGAGCACUCAGUGGAUUGAGACUGGAUCUGGUGAACAACAUUUGGAAGAACUUCAAUAAUAAUGACACGUUAACUGUUCUUUGAAGUUCACAUGAACUCCUUGGAUUUCUGCUGGUCAAACGGACAUAAGUAGCAUUAAAUCCAAUUUAUGACUUGCAGAAGGCUGAUAGACUUUAUUGUUUCUGACAAGAUUUUAGCCUGCCACUGAUGAGCAGAUGUGAAUUACUUUGAAACUUGAAUGACAAAACCAUCACUCACGAUUGUUGGUUCUCUUUUCUGCCUAGAUUUAAAUAAAAGAUAAACAUUUUGCCAUACGUUGUUUUUUUUUUCACUUAAAAAUGAAUACUUUACAUUUUAAGUGACAACUUUUUAAUUGUCAGGAUUAAAAUUGGUACUAGGAAGAUGUUAAUAUAAAAGGCUUCCACUUGAAUAUACAGAAAAAUCAUUAAUGUUUACAGUUACCUUGUUUUUAAUUAUUUUUAUUGGAUUUCAUAUUUGGCAACUGCAUCCAACUUUGAGGUCAGCCCUCUUCCAAACAGAAUAUAGGACCAAAUUACCUCCAAGAGAUCCCUUCCAGCCUGUAUUACUCUAUGAUUACACAACCCAGAAUAAAAGAUUUGUAAGAAAUCGAUUUGAGUUGCAAUGAUCUUUGUAACACACAUCCUCUCACUAAAAAAAAAAACAAGCUCCAGCUCUAUGAGACAAAGACUCAAAAAUACCAAAGACAUGGCAGUACUGCCAACUGCUUGAGUGAAGGGUUUUAAACAUGAACAUUUCAUUCAGU